CCUGGGCCUACAAGCCAGUGUCCAGCCCGGGCUCCCGGCAGAUCCAGCUGUGGCGUUUCAUCCUGGAGCUGCUGCAGAAGGAGGAGUUCCGUCAUGUCAUCGCCUGGCAGCAGGGCGAGUGCGGGGAGUUCGUCAUCAAGGACCCCGACGAGGUGGCGCGGCUCUGGGGGAGGAGGAAAUGCAAACCCCAGAUGAACUACGACAAGCUGAGCCGGGCGCUCAGGUAUUACUACAACAAGCACAUCCUGCACAAGACCAAGGGCAAGCGCUUCACCUACAAGUUCAACUUGAGCAAAUUCGUCUUCAUCCCCUGCCCAGUGUGGGGGUCCCGCUGCCUGUGCCACCCCCCCCGCACGCCCAGCCAGGUGUGGGGUCAGAGGGGACCCAGCCUGGCCGGGGACACCCCUGGGGACAGGCUGUCCCUCCCCAGCGCUGCCACAUCCCCCUUUUCCCCCCAGUUGGCGCCGAGUGUGCUGCUGAGCCGGUGGGGGCCGGCGGAGCCGCUGGCCUGGCCCUGGGGUCCCCGGCCCCCCGAUGUGCUGGACAAGAAGGCGCCCACCCCCGGGACCCGCCUCGGCUCCGCGGCCCUCCCUUGCCUGGGGGGCUCCUGCUGCUGGCGGGGGGGCCCGGAGGAGCUCCCCGCCCAGGCUGUGUCCCCCCCACUGUUGCUGGCCCUGGGCUACCCCGCCCCUGCCUGGGCCACCGUCCCCGGCCACGUCCUGGCCCCCCCCAGCUGCCCCCCGCCGCCGCUGCCCCCCCAGCCGGGGGUCCCCACGUCGCUGCUGCUGCACCCCAGCGGCCCCCCCGGAGCCGGCGCUGGGACCCCGCUCGCAGCCGGGGGGCUGGCGCCGGAGCCCCCAUGGUCCCCGCCGGGGGAGGAAGGCGAGGAGGAGGAGGAGGAGGCGGAGGAAGGCCGGCGUGGUGGCCGCGCUGCGCAGAGCUGCCCGGGAUAGGGGGGGCUCCAGGGCGGGGACACGGGCAGAAGCGGGGUGCACCCCCCACAGCCGGGCCCUCCGGCCGCCCAAGGGUGGGCUGUGCAUGGUCGGGGGGGGGGGGGGUAGCAGCCACGACACCCCCACCCCCUUGUCCCCUCGUCCCAAACCCGCAGCCCCCCGGGAGGUGGCGACACCCCCAGCACGGCCGCUGGGGUCCGGCUGAGCCCCCCACAAGCACCGCGGGGUCGGGGGUGCCCCUGCAGCCCCCAGUCCAGCCCUUCGGCCCCCCCGGCCGCUGCCGGUCCCCCCCUGCCUGCGCGAAGGGCACAACCAGCCCCCCCAAUAAACCAAUUUGCAGAGGGGGGGUCUGGCUGUUCUCCCUCCGGGACACACACACCCCAAAGCCACCUCCCCGCGGAGGGGGGGCCACAUCCACAACCCCAGACACCCCCCGAGGGUGCGAAAAUGGGAUUUGGGGGGACAGCGGUGCGGGGGGGGACACGGGUAGGACGGGCUGGCCCUGGGGGGCAGGGGGAGGUUGGGGUUUGGGGCGCGGGGGGGGCGGGCCCAGCCGCCCCCGCUCGUUCCCUGGGAUUCCCGAAAACGGCCCCAUUUUCAUUUUCACUUUUCCGUGUUUUCCGCCCUCGGAAAUCUCGGGGGGACAGGAGUGGGGGGAGGUCCCGCUCCCCUUUUUGGGGACCACACGUCCUCCCGUCAUGGCACUCGUGGGGGCUGGAGGGGAGGAUUUGGGGGGCUCCUUGCAGAGCACCCCUCCCACACCCCCCAAAUCCCUGCUGUGACUCAGUGCCCUCCAUAGCAGGGGUGCAGAUGGAACCCCCAUAACUGGGAUGUGCCCAUGGGUCCUUCCACACCUGGGUGGCCCCGUGGGUCCCCCACAUGUCCAGGUGUCCCCGUGGGUCCCCCAAACCUGAGUGUCCCCGUGGGUCACUCAUACCCCAGUCUUGCUGGGGGUCCCCACAGCCGGGUAUCCCCCUGGGUACCCCCACAUCCCUCCUGUCCCCGGGGGUCCCUCAUACUCAAGUAUCCCAGUGGGUCCCCCCAUCCUUGGGUUUGUGGGUCCCCCCCACAUUUAUGCUGCCCACA